GUAGAUUGCCUCAGAAUGUAAACACAUUUGUACAAGGCAGGUACCACAGUUUUUUGCAAUUAAACUUACCACCACCACAUAAUUGACGGCACGUUUAACAUAUUGGUAAAUACAUUACUAAUGUUUGGUUGACAGUCGGUGAUGCGUCUUACAAUUUGUCGGCACAAACAACUAAAUAGAAGUAACGUUAGCUGCAUACAGUACAAUGAGGAGCAACUCGUCCACCUCAAUGGCUCACACUCUCAGCUUCGUGUCUGUCCGUCAAAGCCCCCCGCUGAGUUCAAAUUUUGGACUGACACAUGGCCUGUUGGACUCAGCUGCCGAACAGUUAAUGGUUCAGAAGGAUUUCCAAGCUGCUUUCGACACAUGUGAGAGAGGUCUGGAGAGCCUUUUAAACGCGGAGCAAGAGGACAGCAGGUAUGGGGAGUUGAAGGCUGCACUCUGCAUUGUGGGGAUUCAAGCAUUGGCUGAACUCAAUCAGUGGCCUGGUGUACUGGCAUGGAUUCUGCAGCAUUAUGAGUGCCCUGAGAAAAUACCUGCCAAAAUAAUGCAGAUGUGCAUACUCCUCUACACCAAAGUGGGUGAGCAAGCUAUGAUGCAGGAGGCAGGCAAUGUUUGGCUGUGCUGUCCAUCCAAUGGGAGAUUGGCAGGAUUUGGGACUGUAGCAGAGCUGUAUUUACUGCAUAUUCUAGUGCCUUUAGGUCAUAUGACAGAGGCACGGGAGUUGGUUUUUGGUGAGGUGGGACGUAUUGCAUUCACAGAGGACCAGAAACAAACAGCACUGGAUAUCGUGGAGAAUAAAGAGAACCUCAGCCAAGAACAACCUCCAAGCCCUAGUCCAAACCCCAGUCCUGUGGUGGUGGCUGCUGGACUUACCACACCUCAAGGUGCUGUGAUUCAGAAACUUGAGGCCUUGCUUAGGCUUUUGAACAGAGGACUAUCAGUAGCCAGUGCUGGGUCAUUCCCUCUUCGGAGAGUCUUUCUGGCUGUGGUCCUUCUCUAUAUGCUUUUUGUCCGGAUGGAUCCAGCUCAUCCCUCAUCUUUCCCCUGGAUCUCACGGCUGCUGCAGAUGCUGAAGCAGAUGUGGGACGCCAUGUUUGCUCCUUACUAUCGAGCCAGAGCUCAGAGCUAAGAACUGUAAAACCAUACAGCCUGGUGCUGGGACAUCAUGGUUUAAAUUUGACUGAGACCAAAGAGGUUACCAUUGACCCUCUUAUCAUGUAAAUAUGAAUUACUGACUGAGAUAAAGAGAGAAAUUCAGGGGUGCUUUUGUUGCCAGCAACAACAACAUGGAUACCUGUCAUAUCAGAAUGUGUACAACAUGGAUACCUGUGAAGGCAGAAUGUGAACAACAUGGAUACCUGUGAAGGCAGAAUGUGAACAACAUGGAUACCUGUGAAGGCAGAAUGUGAACAUCGUGGAUAGCUGUGAAGGCAGAAUGUGAACAACACGGAUAGCUGUGAAGGCAGAAUGUGAACAACACGGAUAGCUGUGAAGGCAGAAUGUGAAAGUAAUAGGCAGAAUUAAUUUAUCUGGUGUUGCAGAUUCAGUUGCACCCAUAUAGGUGUUCGUGUGAGCGAGCAAGAAAGCGAUUGAGUUUGUGUGGUGACACAUUUUGUGUUGAUAUGAAUGGCACAGUCCAAAACAACUGUUAUAUGUAGGCAAGCUAAUUAUAAUCAGAUGCAUGUCAGACAAAUUAUAACUUUUACUUUGACAGAUUUUUAAUUGAUAAAAUUAUAGUUUUCUCAUUAUACAUUAGUCCAGUAUCUUUCAAUAGGGUCUGGCUCCAGCAGAUACCUUCUCAGGACACAGACGCUGUGAGGUAUACGGGCUCAGACAGGUUGAAUGGUGCAUGUAUUAGCGAGCCAGUGUACUAGCUAGCUAGUAAUGUGUACUAGCUAGCUAGUAAUGUGUACUAGCUAGCUAGUAGUGUGUACUAGCUAGC